AUGGACAAUAGGUAUGGCCUAUUAAGGCAGUGCAGUGGAGUUUGGAGGGCCUUGAGAGAUGGAGACUUUGAGGAAGAAGAUGUUUGGGAGGUUCUAAAAGAGAGGAACAAUGCAAGGCACCUCCCAACUGCUGCAAGAAUGAUUCCAAAACCCAGCAGCCACAAUUACGCCAGUGGCAGCAGCUGCAGCAGCAGCAAUACUACCAAUCAUGAAGCCAAAAUUGUGCAGCAAUCAGCACCUGUCAACAUUCCUGAUUGGUCCAAGUUGUACGGUCAGAAACCAAACAAGGCCUCCAAGAAUGUUUCUUGGCGAAAAUAUGAGGGCGGUGACGAUGAUGAUGAAGGCAGGGAUGAUGGCGGCAGAGAUAGCAGUGAUGAUUAUGAGGUGGAGGAGGAGGAGGAGGAGGAGGAGGAGGAGUAUGAUCCAAAGGAACCCCCUCAUGAGUUUAUUGCUAGGAGGCUUGCAAGGAGUCAGAUUUCUUCUUUUUCUGUUUGUGAAGGUGCAGGGAGGACCCUCAAAGGGAGGGAUCUCAGCAAAGUGAGGAAUGCUGUUUUAUCAAAAACUGGAUUUCUUGAGUCACUAUGA